UUUUUUUUUUACUUUUCCUUUUCCUUUUCUCUCCCCCUUUCAUUUCCUUUCUACCCAUUAAACAAUGAAAGCAGAUUACCAAUUAUCCUUUCCCCUCCGUAGGAAACACUCAUCAUUGCUGCCAACCAUCCUUUUCAUCCUUAGAAAUUUGAGCUUCCAAGAUUGAUAUUCCGUUCUUCCAUUUCCAUGAUUCAUACCCCUUGUACUUCUAAUGCAAAUUGGAAAAUAUAUUCUAGGCAUAAUCGAAAUCAAAUCAAUUAAAGAUCGAAUUUUCAUUAUUGCUUUCUCUUGUUUUGGUAGAGCAAUAAAUUUGUUUCCUUUUGAAAAAAAGGAAAUUCUAGUUUUUUUCCUUUUAUUGCAAUUUUCCUUUUUAUUAUUUUUUUUGGGACCUAUAAAUUCAGGUUUUUGAAUUGUAAUAGACACACUUGAAUGUUGAAUAAACCUACUAUCUUCCCUCAUUCUUUUCUUCCUGCUCUCUUCUUCUUCUUCUAUAUUAUCAUUGUUGUUCGUGGCGAAUCAACAUCAACUUCCUCCCUACAACUUAAAUACAACCCUCCUCACAACUUGUUUCCUCUUGUUUUCCCUUCUUAUGAUGGAUCCUUUCUCUAACAACUCUGUCAAUGGCUUCUAUAAUUACUUGACUAGAGGAAUUGAUGAUCUUGAACGUGUGUUCUUGUCUAAUAACUUUAUGUCAAUUCAGUUUCUUCAAAGUGUUUUAUCCCUCCUAAGAUCCUUUCACACUCAGUUGAUCCUUCUUGUUCAAAAACUCAGAUUGCCAGUGGGUGAAAAAUGGCUUGAUGAAUACAUGGAUGAAAGUUCAAAACUUUGGGAAGUUUGUCGUGUUCUUAAAACUGGGAUUUCAGGCAUGGAGAGUUACUAUUCCACUGGGAUCAAUAUAACUUCCUCUAUAGAUAGCCAUGGCCAUUUAAGCCCACAGCUUUUACGCCAGGUUGUUCGGGCUAUUUCGGGCUGUCGAAGAGACGCUGUGGGAUUAGAGGAGGAAAACAGGUCCCUGAUGGAGACGAGAAUUGAGCCGCUUUCAUUAAGGUUUGAUGAAAAGGUUUCUGUAGAAUCAAAACUCAAUGGAUUCAAUGGAUUCAGAGGAGUUCUUUAUGCUAUGAGAAAUGUUAGUUCACUUUUGCUGAUGAUAUUACUUUAUGGAUUGGUUUACUGCUGGCCUGAAUCAAAAUUUUCCAAUGGGGGAUAUGAAGGGUGCUUGUUCUUUGGAUCAGCCUUUAUGAUCUCAACUGCGAGAUUGCAACAAAGGGUGGCAUCUGAGAUCAAUCAGAUUUCGGGUCGCCCAGGGAUUCUUCUGUAUGAAUUUAGAAGAUCAAAAAUUGCCAUGGAUGAACUGAGGGGAGAACUUGAGAGAGGUUCACAAGGAAUGGUAGAAUGGGAAUCAGAAGUUGGAAUUAGAGAAAGAGCUGAAAGUUUGAAGGGUUGUUUUGGGAUUUUAAGGACUGGAAUUGAGAAUAUCAUUGGACAACUUGAUGAUUUUUUUGAUGAAAUUGUUGAAGGGAGGAAGAAACUCUCAGAUUUCUGCAGCCAUAGGUAAAAAAAUUCAAGAAUGUGAUGAAAAAAAAGGAAUAGAUGUAAUGAAAAAAAAUCAGUAGUUGGAUGUC